AUGGAUUUACGAAUAUCAAUAAGAAGAUCAUUCUUAUUAUUCUGUUCUUUUUCCUUACCUUUAUUAGCAUCAGCUUCAACAACAGAUACACCAACAACAUGUUAUGUUAUCGAUGGAACACAUAAUUAUAAAGCAGGAUAUAGAUGCGAUAAUUCGACAACAGGACAUAGUUCAUGUUGUCAAGCUGGAGCUAUAUGUUUUUCAAACGGUGUUUGUCAACAAGCAAAUGGAAAUGCUCAAGAUUAUUUGAGAGUGGGAUGUACAGAUCCUACAUGGAAAGAUCCAUCUUGUUUAAACCAAUGUACUAUUUAUGCUAGGGGUUCAACGGCUGGUAUAAGAUUUUGUAAUGGAGCUAUUACAUCAACAACUGAAUAUUGCUGUGAUCCCGGAGGCAAUGGAGUAGGAAGUUUUGCCUGUUGCAAAAAUGAUACAAAUAUCUUCAACAUCUCACCAGUAGCCACAGUCCUCGCCCAAGUCCCCCUUAAUUACGUCUCAUCUUCCACAUCCUCCACAUCCACUUCCUCAGCUUCAACCUCAACAACUACAUCAGCCUCAAACACAAUAACAACAUCCUCCGCCUCUGAAACAUCUACCACAAUCCUCUCUUCUCCAACCUCCACCUCUACACCCCACACCGCGGCCAUCGGCGUCGGCGUCGGUAUUCCCUGCGGAAUCCUCGCUUUAGGUCUCCUUGGAUAUUUCUUCUGGAGAAGAAAGCGUGCGCAAAAAAUUGAUCACGUUCCUAAAAAUCAUGAAGCGGGAUAUCCAGCUACAGAAGGGGGAUAUGAUACACAAGGAGAGUACACAAUUGUGCAAGGAGAACAUAGUGCUAGCGCUAGUGAAAUAGGAUCGGGGUAUGCUAGGGGUAAUUUGGGGGAAGUGGUUCGGGAUGACAAGAGUUAUCUUGUGUCGUCGCCGCUGAGUGAGAUGGAGGCGGGGAGGACGGUGCAUGAGAUGGAUGGGGGUGGUGUUGGGGGAAAGAGGUGA